AUGCACUCUCCCAAGAAAAAAAACAAAAACCUCUCUAGGAAUACACACCAAACUGAGCAUGUGCAGAGUGUCUUCUCAUGAUACGUCUUAUCAGGAGAUAAGAGGGAGACACUGGAAAAAGGGGAGGAUUAGAGAAGUCAGGAUCAAACUGAAUAUUUACACAAUGCAGAGGAUUAACCCUUUAGGUCCACAGUGAGUAUAACCAGCAUGCUUUACUUACAGGGGUGGACUGACAACUCAUGGGGCCCCCGGGCAAUAGGGGAUCAUGGGACCCCUGUGUCCUUGCCCAAACUCAAAAAAGCCUAU